GAACCAAGUCGGCGUUUUCUUUUAAAUUCUUGGGGUUACCUGUGUUUUUUGUUUUAGCCUGCCCCUAGCGUUUGAGAAGUAAAAAAAACUUAUGACAGCUUGUUAGUUAAAGCAAAUAUUUUUUAACUAUAAAAAAUAGUUUUUUUAAAACAUCAUUGCUUCAAGUGGUUCAUACGUUAAAGAAAUUAUAUUUUUUGUCCAUUUAAAUCUAUCAAUAUGGAAGUUACAGACGUUUAUGGUUUGGGAUUUAUUGAUUCCUUAUUGUUGAUAUCUUUUCUUAGUUUGAUAUUUUAUUAUGCAUUUCGAAGAAAAGAAAAAGUUAAUGGAGCUUUCAAACUUAAAGAUUUCCCUGAACUAAAGAAAUUAAAAACAAGUUCACCAAAUGAUGUUGUUAAUGAAACUUCAAAUGGAUUUGUUUCCAAAAUGAUGAAGUCAGAAAAAACAAUAGCUAUUUUUUAUGGGUCACAAACUGGAACAGCAGAAGAGUUUGCUAACCGAAUAUCUAAAGACAGUCAUCGCUAUGGCCUAAAAGCAGCUGUAUUUGACCCAGAAGAAUUUGACAUGUCAGACUUAAUCAACCUAAAAGAAAUACCUAAGUCUUUAGCAGUAUUUUUACUUGCAACUUAUGGAGAAGGUGAUCCAACUGACAAUGCCUUACCACUAAAAGAAUGGCUUCAAGAAGAUCAUGAUUUAAAUGGUUUAAACUUUACCGUGUUUUCACUUGGAAAUAAAACCUAUGAACAUUAUCAAUUUUUCGGAAGAUAUGUUGACAAACGUCUAGAAGAGUUAGGUGGAAAUCGUGUUGUUGACAGAGGGGAAGGAGAUGACGACUCAAACAUUGAAGAAGAUUUUUUAAUAUGGAGAGAUAAAUUUUGGGAAAGUGUGUGCAAUUUUUAUGGUUGCAAAAAUAUUGGACUUUCACAAACUGCAUCAAGAGAUUUUAAACUUGAGACGUUUCCAAUGCCUUUUGUGGGUCAAAUAUUUAAAGGUGAAAUAACAAAACUUGGUGCAUUAGAUAAACAGCAACCUCCUUUUGAUAUUAAAAAUCCGUAUAUGGCAAAAGUAGUUGUUAAUAGAGAAUUGCAUAAAGGUGGAAAUCGAUCAUGUAUGCACAUUGAAUUUGAUAUAAAUCAAUCAGGAAUCAGGUAUGAAGCUGGCGAUCAUGUUGCUGUUUAUCCUACAAAUGAUACAGAACUUGUUGAAAAACUUGGUGACUUACUCGGUGUUAAUUUAGAUGAUAUCUUUUCAUUAAACAAUAUAGAUUUAGAAGCUUCUAAAAAACAUCCAUUUCCUUGUCCAACAUCUAUUAGAAAUGCACUUCUUUAUUAUGUUGACAUAACAAGCAUAGUUAAACUUCAUGUUCUUCAGGAAUUUAUUCAAUACACUACAGCAGAAACUGAUUUAGCUAUUCUAAAAAAGUUAUGCGAUUCUAGUCCAGAUGGAAAACAUUUUUACAAUGAAUGGAUUGUAAACAGUUAUCGUAAUAUUAUAAGUGUUUUAGAAGACUUGCCAUCGUGCAAACCUCCUUUUGAUUUAGUAUUAGAAAUGUUACCACGUUUACAGUGUCGUUACUAUUCAAUUUCAUCAUCUCCUAAGUUAUCAAAAAAUCGUAUUCAUAUAACUGCCGUAGUUGUAGACUGGAUUACACCAACUGGCCGUCGACAGAAGGGUGUGGCAACUAAUUGGUUGAAAUCAAUCAGCCCGGAACUUAAUCUUAAAGUUCCGUUAUUUGUUCGUCAAACUACUUUCCGACUUCCGUCCAAGUGCCGCACCCCUAUAAUGAUGGUUGGCCCUGGAACAGGAUUAGCUCCAUUUCGUGGUUUUAUCCAAGAGAGACAAAUGAUGUUAGAAAGUGGAAUGUCCCUUGGUUUGGCUUUCUUAUAUUUUGGUUGCAGAAAAGAAUCCGAAGACUAUAUUUAUGCCGAAGAAUUGUCUAGUUAUGUCCAAAGCGGUGCUAUAACAAAAUUAUCAGUUGCAUUUUCCAGAGAUCAAGCUGAAAAGGUUUACGUAACACAUAAAAUAAAAGAAAAUCUUGGAUCGGUUUGGCAGCUUAUUAAAGACGGUGGGCAUAUUUACGUAUGUGGUGAUGCAAAAAUAGCAAAAGAAAUGCAAAAUCUUAUAAUUGAAGCAAUUAUACAAGGGGGUAAAUCAAACGAACUAGCUAAAUCUUUAAUGCAUAAUCUUAGUAAUACUGGACGUUAUUCUGUUGAUGUUUGGUAAGAAAUAAAUAAGAUUUCAGAAUUAUUGGCGA